AUGCGAACACAAACGCAGAUUCUUCUCGCUGCUGGUGUAGCUGCCACCACCCAACCCAUCGAUGUUCCAUUGACCGCAUCAAAUGCAAAUUCGGCCCCCGGCCCGUCCUUCAUCAGCUAUUCCAUUGAGCUGUCGUCGUUUCCCGACUUUGCUGGCAACACAUCCAACCCAAACAGCUUCACCGACAACGUCCUGACCAAUAUUGGCAACAUCAUUGGUAGCAAGCCUUAUAUCCGCGUUGGCGGCAACACCCAAGACUACGCGCUGUUCAAUGCCUCGCUCGCCACCCAGAUCAACGGCACCUACGACCCCGAGCGGUCCAACGAUUACCCGACCACCAUCUACAUCGGCCCGUCCUUUUUUGAGUCGUACCGGACGCUUCCCGACGUCCGCUUUUCUCACGGCUUCAACCUGGCCAAGAGCGCCGUCUCGGCCGAGGGCUGGCAAACGCUUGUCGACACGGCACCGCUGGCGUGCCGGGCGCUGGGCCGCGACCGCUUCUACGCGUACGAGUAUGGCAACGAGCCCAACAACUUCAACCUCGGCGGUCGGUGGGCGCCGCGCAGCACGAGCUGGGGCCCCGAAGACUACGUGCACGAGUGGUUGAACGGCACCGCCGAGAUCCGCCGCCAGAUGCGCGCGCACUGCCCGGAGCUGGGAGCCGAGUAUCUCAACUUCAUGGCGCCGUCGUACGAUGACAGGGUGUCGUCGCUCAAGGCGGUGGAUGUCUGGAACCUGGGAAUGAACAAGGACGACAACAUCAACACCUUUUCGGUGCACAACUAUAUUGACGGCGCAACGUCCCCGGGCGUGACUCUGCAGCACACGCUGAUGAACCACACCCGGACCACGCGCGACGUGGACGAGCAGCUCCGCCAGUACCGCAAGAUCAUGGCCACGGGCAAGGGCAAUGCACCCCUCAUCUUCGGCGAGACCAACUCACUCUACUUCCAGGGCAAGCCCGGCCUGUCCAACUCGUUUGGCGCCGCGCUCUGGGGGCUCGACUACAACAUGUACUCUGCCGCCGCAGGCUACCAGCGCGUGCAUAUGCACCAAGGCACCAACUACCGCUAUCAGAGCUGGCAGCCGAUCGACACGCCCAAGGCGGUCAAGGGUACCAAGGCGCCGUACUACGGCAACAUCGCCGCCGCCAGCGCGCUCGGCAACCUGACGCGCGGCGACGUCAGCGUCGCUUCGCUGCCGCUCGCGUCCGACGACGAGGCGGCGUACUCCAUCUACGAGGGGGGCCAUCUGCGACGCGUGCUGGCCAUCAACAUGCGCGGCUACAACACCACCCAGGACGGCGCGGGCGUCGAGCCGCUCCCCGGUCCGCCGCCGGCACGUCUGCACCGGUCGUACACGUUCCAUGUCGGGGAUCUGCGGGCGCUGGUCGGGGUACGCCGCCUGAUGGCCAACGGCAGCGACGCCAUCACGGGCAUCACCUUUGACGGCUGGAGCUACAAUUACGAGCUGGACAAGGGCAGGCCGGUCAGGCAGCGGAACGUAACAACGGGCGAGAGACUCGCGGUGCGCGGGGGCGUGGUGACGCUGCAGGUUCCGGAUUCUUCCGCGGCGAUACUGGAUAUUGAAUCUUGA